GAAGCAUCAGCCAUGAGCGGAAGAGGCAAAGGAGGCAAAGGACUCGGUAAAGGAGGCGCCAAGCGUCACCGCAAAGUUCUCCGUGAUAACAUCCAGGGAAUCACCAAACCCGCCAUCCGCCGUCUGGCUCGCCGCGGCGGAGUGAAGCGUAUCUCCGGUCUCAUCUACGAGGAGACCCGCGGGGUGCUCAAGGUCUUCCUGGAGAACGUCAUCCGUGACGCCGUCACCUACACCGAGCACGCCAAGAGGAAGACGGUCACCGCCAUGGAUGUGGUGUACGCUCUCAAGAGGCAGGGCCGCACCCUGUACGGCUUCGGAGGUUAAACUCUCACUGACCCGCUGAUACUCAACAACACAAAGGCUCUUUUAAGAGCCGCACACUCUCACCUCAAGAGACGCGUCCUGACACGAGACUGUAUUAAUAGAACAACACAAUUAAAAUCACAAACUAGCAAAGCUCAGAACACGCUCCUUCAUGUGCUGAACAGUCACUGUUAGCGAGUUGUGUGUGGAAAACAAGUCUGGUGAAUAACAGCUUUAUCAGAAGUGAUAAAAUGGCUGCGUGGCUAAAUAAACAAGAUGUCGGCGUGUUGACUGUUUCUGGAGCAGUCCAACACAAUAUGAUCAUUCUGAGGUGAUGUUUUGUUAUAAUAUACUCAUUGGUUCUGUUUAGAUUUGUUUAAGAGAAUUCUGUUCUGUUGGUUCUUGCGAGCUUUGUGUUUCAUGUAAACUGUAAAUUAACAGACUUCAGAUGGAGAUUAGGCGGAUUUUAUAUUGAAUCAACUUACACAUGUACCUGCUGUAUGUUAAGACCAAGGAAAUUAUCUGAAGACGGAGCAU